AUGAACACUAAAUCCGAUACGAACCGACACGUGCUGACAAUACAGGCGAAGAAAAAGCGCCAUAAGACGGGAAAGAGAAAGGGCAAACAGACGACGGCGGCAGCGGCGGCGGCGGCGGCAGCGGCAGCGGCAAAGACGGCCGCGGCAGCAGCGGCGCAGAACACCGGCCACAACAACUAUCACUCGACCACGGCAGCGGCCAGUGGUGGUGGUGCUUUCGUGGGUGCCGGAGUGCCGGAGCGACAGCCGCCGGGAGCAAGCAGUGCGGAAAAUGCGGACUGUCCCGAUGCGACUGCACUUUUCGUAGGUGACGGUGAUGGUACGAUGAGUGACAAUCAGGAAGCGGAGGCCCUCUGUCCCGAUGGUACCGCAAUUUUCAUGGAUGACGGUGGUGGUGGUGGCAAGCGGGCACCGGUAGGUGUCGGUGGGAGCCUCUGGUCAACCGAUGCGAACGCAAGCUCCUCGAACGAAACGAUCGAGCAGGACCGCGACGGGGACGGGUACACGAGCGAAGAGGAGGAACAAGAGUGCCGGGAAGACUACGGUCGGGGGGGCUACCAUCCGGUCAAGCUCGGUGAUCUGUUUCUGCAACGCUACCACGUGAUCCGCAAGCUCGGCUGGGGACACUUCUCAACGGUCUGGCUGAGCUGGGACCUGGAAGAGAAGCGGUACGUGGCGCUCAAGAUUGUGAAAUCGGCGCAACACUUUAGUGACACGGCCAAGGACGAGAUACACAUCCUGAAGUCGAUCCUGAACGCCGAUCCCGGCGAUCCGAAACGGGACAAGGUGGUACAGCUGCUGAACGACUUUCGGAUAACGGGCGUCAACGGGACGCACAUCUGCAUGGUGUUCGAAGUGUUGGGCCACAACCUGCUGAAGCUGAUCAUGAAGUCCAACUACCGAGGCAUUCCGCUGGUCAACGUGAAAUCGAUCAUCCGGCAGGUGCUCGAGGGGCUGGACUAUCUGCACACGAAGUGCAAAAUCAUUCACACCGACAUCAAGCCCGAGAACGUGCUGGUGUGCGUGAACGAGUGCUACGUGCGUAAGCUGGCGUGCGAGGCGACGGAAAUGCACGCGAUGGGCUGCAAGCUGCCGAUAUCGCUCAUCUCGGCCGCUCCGCCCCAGCUUCAGGAGCAACCAGUCAGCCAGAACAUGAGCAAGGCGAAGAAGAAGAAACUGAAAAAGAAAGCGAAAAUGCAAACGGAACUGAUCAGACAGCAAAUGGAGCACCUUCAGCUGCUCGAACUCGGGGGACUGGAGAAUGGUGACCGUUCCACAACAAUAACUAGUAGUAGUACUAUAACAACGGCCAGUUCGGUGGCGGCGGCGGCGGCCGAGGGCGACGACUCCACGAAGGCACACGGCGAGGGCGCUACAAUUACUAAGCCCAGCCCAGGGUACGAGAUGUCUUCUGAAACGGAACGAUUGCUAGUGAACGGUGGUGCUGGUGGUGGCAUCGACGGAGGCGGGUCAUCGUCGUCGGGUGAGGAAGAUCGCCAAACGCCAAACGCUUCGACGCUCUCCAGCCCGUCGAUCAGUGAAGCCACAUCCAACAACAAUGAGGAAGCCUUGGACCAACGGAAAUCGCCGACGACCGUCGAUGGUGCCGAAAACGAUAAGGAGUCCGGAGUCGGUGAUAAUGGUGAUCCGAAAGCGGCGACCGAAAAGCCGUCAUCUUCAUCUUCGAACUCGAAGCUGCACAUUGGCGAAUCGGUACGGAAAAUAUUGUCCUCGGUAAAGGAACCGAAAGAUCCGGCAUUCGAAGUGUGCGAUAUCGACGUCAAGAUAGCCGAUUUGGGAAAUGCGUGUUGGGUGGACAAGCACUUCACCGAAGACAUCCAGACGCGUCAGUACCGCUCGCUGGAGGUGAUUAUCGGUGCCGGGUACGAUACAUCGGCCGACAUUUGGAGCACGGCGUGUAUGGCGUUUGAACUGGCCACCGGUGACUAUCUGUUCGAACCGUUUUCCGGGAACGAUUACUGUCGCGAUGACGAUCACAUUGCGCACAUUAUCGAGCUGCUGGGUCCGGUCCCGAAGCGCAUUGCCCUGUCGGGGAAAAACUCAAGCCAUGCGUUCAACGCUAAGGGUGUGCUGAAAAACAUUUCCGGCUUGAAACCGUGGGGAUUAGUGGACGUGCUGAUUGAGAAGUACGAAUGGCCAGUCGAGGACGCCUUCGAGUUCAGUGACUUUCUCAAGCCGAUGUUGGACUACGAUCCGAAGACGCGUGCAACCGCCGCCGAUUGCUUGCAGCACUCGUGGCUGCGGGAAAAGCCCUGAGCCUCACAGCCGUGGGCA